GUUUAUGAACCCCUCCUCCAGAGACGUCACACAAGCGGAGGGAGAUGAAUGUCACAUCCAGUCAGUGAAUUACUGAGGGCACUUCACCACAGUACCUGCAUGAGGUGUAGACUUCAGUGAGCAUGAUUCAGGAGCGCAUCAUACAUCCACAUUUACGCGUAGUGAGGAUACGAGUGCUGCGUUAAUCUUCUUUGCGUCUUGGACCUUCAGUUGCUCAGUGCGCAUUGCGCUCCGCGCGACGCGAGACCGCAGAAUCACACUCAAACAAGACUGUUCUUUAUAUAUUUCCACUGGAUAGAGGCACACUCACGACACAUGGAAGAUCACCUGAAGAACUCUGAGAGGAAUAUUAAAGUUUGGGAACUGCUGAAAUGCGUUUGGGGACCAAGAACAUCUCAGAGUCAGAAGAUCUGAGGGACACGCGGACAUGAGGGUUGUUCUGCUGCUCACUGAGAAUUUGCUUUACGUGUUUAAUGCCUAAUGCAUUUCUGACAUUUUAGAUGGAUUGGUUUUAUAUGAGGGAUGGGCAUACAUGCAAAGAAAGAGACAUAAAAGAACCUUGGAACUGAAGAGGGUUGAGUGCCAUUCACAGAAACUCAUCGGAAGUGGUGCACGAUAGCAAAAUCAUAAUAAAAAUUAUCCUUAUUAUUAUUUUUUACGAAGUCAUGCUGAUUCGAAGCCAAGCUCUACGGUGGGCAGUUUUCUUGACACUUUGUCUUCUGUUGGUGAAGGGGUUCCCUGCAAAAAGACGAAGAGCAAAUCACAUCAAGAGCAAGAGUGGAACAUCUCUAGAGGUCAGAGGUCACGGUGGCUCCAAAGAUGUCAGACAGUCACUGCGGGACAUUCAGCGGCAGAACCAAUUGAGCAGUGAGCCGCCUUUGCCUCGCCGUCAUAAGAGGAGAUGGUCACAGAUUCGCUCGGAGGGAGUCCUUCCCAAACCUGCUCCACAGGAAGAAGAAGAACCCUUCAUUUUAGACCUGAAGAACUUCCCUGACCUUGCCAACGCCGACCUGGGCUCCCAGAACCCAAACAUUCAAGUUACCAUUGAGGUUGUGAACAACCCUCAGAUGGAGAUUGAGAUGGACCUCGCCAAGGAGAGCAGGAAUGACUGGUCCUUGACCUCGGAAGAGUGGCCAGGCCAUAAAAAGCUCUUCUGGCCACUGUUCUGGGAAUACCAUGAUUCCAGUCAAGAAGGUCCUGGGCAAGGCAGUCUGGAGGAGAACGGAGAGGACCUCAGUUAUGAGGGAGAAGAUUCCCUAUUGAGUGGUGUAGGUGCAGACUGGAACAGACGCUGGAAGGGCUGGGACUCCAUGGACAAUUACGAAUAUGAGGAGGAAGAAUGGAGUGACUGGUCACCAUGCAGUGUCACCUGUGGACAUGGGAAUCAAAAGAGGAUUCGUUCAUGUGGCUACGCCUGCACUGCCACAGAAUCACGGACAUGUGAUUUAGAACGUUGUCCCGAUGACAUAAUUCCUGUGACAGAACCGACUCCUCUUGAAGUGGCAAACAGCACAGAGCUUUUUGGCACAGAUGUUGACAGCUGUGAGAAGUGGCUGAAUUGCAAGAACGACUUCCUCCAGAAAUACCUACACCAGGUCCUGACUGAAUUACCCAACUGCCCUUGUGUCUAUCCAUCUGAGGUGGUCUACAGCGCUGUCAACAUUUUCGAUAGGAAGUUGCAAAAGACCUAUCGCUGGCGUGACGCCAGUGGCCCCAAGGAGAGGCUGGACAUCUACAAGCCCUCUGCAAAAUUCUGCGUUCGCUCGAUGCUCUCCUUCGACAGCACCACGUUGGCUGCACAGCAUUGCUGCUACGACGAUCACAUGAAGCUCAUCACUCGAGGCAAAGGGGCCGGAGCCCCCAACCUCAUCAGUACAGAGUUCUCCCCAGAGCUUCAUUACAAAGUAGACGUUCUCCCAUGGAUCCUGUGUAAAGGAGACUGGAGCCGUUUUCAUUCGGUUCGGCCUCCCAAUAAUGGCCUUCAGUGUGUUGAGAACCCGCAGGAAGACGUCUACAUGAAUGAACUGGAGGAGGCCAGGGAGUACUGAUCCAGAUCAUGGAUUUCACAUCAAAUCAACCAGUGUUUGCUUAAUUCUGGAGAGUCUUGUGGUACAGUAUGGGCGUCUCACCAGUCUUGAAUUCAAUAAGAGCCUCUUCCUUUUGGAUUGGGCGACUCCUUCACAGAUCUAGACUAUUUAGUUGAUACUAAAUGGAACUUUUGAGAGAUUCAUCUGGAGACUAAAGCUUAGACAAACUGUUUCGUACAGCUCAAUUGCAACAACACUGGUUUAACAUGUUGGUCCAAAGCCCAGAUUGGAAGAUCAUGAUGCAAUUUUCUGUCUUCAGUGAUGUUACGUACGUGCUCCAAACAAAGUUCAAUAACAGUUCUUCAAUGGCAUUCUCUGGAACAAGUUGCUCUAUUUUCAUUGGAUAACACGUUUGUUUUCCUUAAGUGUCCUCAAAGACUCUGGUCCACCAUUAAAGGAAUUCCAGUAAAGCUGCUAGACUUGUGAGAUAUUCAAAAAUGCAACAGAAUGCCGAUUUUGUUGUCUUUAGACCUGAAGCUCAAUCCUGGCCUCGCUCCAGUCUGUGCGAGAUCAGUCCAAACAAAUCAAACACAAGCCACACCACUCGCAAACCGAUUCAACAAAUUUCUGAGAAAAGUUGUUCUCUUUAGAGUUUGUAUAUUGUUACUCCAAAUAUACACAGACCUUGUGUCAUUAGAUAGAUAUUUAUGCAGGAUCAUUUGACCUUUGACCUACCUUUUUGCAGAGAAAAAAAUUAAGGAAUCUGAGAAGCGAUAGGAAACCUUUUUUCGAACUUGCCUUUGAGAACACGUCCCUCAGCAAUGGGAGGCUUGUUUUUUAAAAUCUGAAGCAUAAUUGGAUCCCAUUCUGUUUUCUUUUUUGCCUUUCAACACAACUCAGCUUUGUACUGAAUGCAAUAUGAGACAGCCGCCUGACACCAGUGCAGGGGGCUGUCGGAGCUUGGUUGAUGGAUUGAAGUCUUCCUCUAAAGGUGAGGUGAAGGUGACACUUGUUGUAAAGGAACAUCUCUUUAAAUACAAUGGCUCUUUCAAUGUCUCGGUUCAUCCUUGAGUCCCAAUCAAAGCCUAGAGGCUUACAUGGGAUGUAGUUUGAAGGACCUAAGCCGCCCUUUUCAGCACAAGUGUUAUCAUGAUCUCUUUGUUAGAUGUUGACAUGGAAUGCUGGUGAUUUGAUUUCUAAAUUCCCACUGACAGACGACUGUUCCAUGUAGCAAUACACAUCCACCUUUGAUAAUAUUAUAUACUGUGCUUAAAAUCACAAUGUAGUCCUAUGAAAACUCAGUUCAAACCUUUUACUAGAUAAAUUAAAAAGAGUACAUUAUGUUGCAUGGAUUACUGCCACAGAUGUGCAAUGAGUGAUGUUGAACCUGCAUCUAAAAGGUUCUUGGUUUAAAUCCCAGGUCAGUUACUGCAAGGUAAAGACUUCUGAUGGUCUUUAAUGCAGUGACUCUGAGCAAGGUGCUUUGAUACAGCACCUUUAGUUUAGUUAUAACUCAGUUAUAACUCUAAAUAAACUUCUAAACCUGAAGAAGAAUCAAGGAAUUUGUGUUCGCAGACAGGUUGCAAGUAACAUUAAACUCUGCAGGGGAAGAUCUCCAAAUGUAGGAAUGAGCCAAGUGCACAUUAGCAUCGCUUAUGAUCCCUGUCAGACCUGAGCAAAACCGUGAAGAUGUUUUCACUGAGAUAACAAUAAAUGCCAGCCAUGAAAAUGUCAUUCAGUCCAGCAGUGAAAAUGAUAGAAGCAUUCAAAUAUCCUGCUCUUAGUGAUAGUGUAUUCAUCUUAAAUAUUACAGACAUGGAUUUUAUGAUCUUUGUGGUAUGUGCAUGGGUUCUGUCCAACCUAGGCUCAUUAGGAAUACGUGCCUCUUCCUACAUUUUUGGAAAACUUCAAAAACGUACAGUACCUAUGCAUAUUGCAGUUUCCAGCUUUGAAUUAUUUGUAAAUUAAUAAAUUUUGAUAUUUCCAUCACAUAAUCAGCACCAUUUGUAUGGCUUUUUUUGAUGUAGUAAACUUGCUUGGUUGCCCACCCGGUACUGCAUUGAACUUGCAAUGUGGAGUGUUGUGGUACAAGUCCUGAACGUACUAAAAUGGCAUGGUUGCUUCAGAAAACGCGUUUUUAUCUUCAGUUGCUUUUGUUAACACUAUUGGUUAGGUUUAGGGUUUAGGUGAUAUGUUGUUUAACCUAUAAUGCCACUCGCCGUACAUUUCAUUUACGUAUAUGUACGUAUAACACCCAAGGCAAUAAAAUGUUGACAAGUUUACAUUGUUUAAUGUCACUCGAUGGACAUUUCGCUUUGAAGGUGUAGUGAAAUGUGUAAGAAACAAUGCAAUAUUUUGCAGAAAUAUCACCACAGUUUGUCCAGUGAGCCUGGGUUGGUUCUGUCACAAAUAAAUCGUAGUAUAUGCAUACCCGAGUUUUGAUUUUGUAUGUCAAUAUUUCAGUGAAUAAACUGAUGAAUGUGGGUAUUUGGUUGACAAAAAUUUAAAAUUUGGUAUCUUUUUCUAAUUCGCAAUCUUGUUUGUUGAAGAUUAGUUACAAUACACUCUUUUCUAUGUGCAUUUGAUGGUAAGAUUUCACCUUUCAGAGCUUCAAAAAGAAAGGCACUUUAUUUAAAAAUUGAUACUGGAAUAUAUAUGUGUGUAUAUAUAAUCAUAUGUUGAAUUAUACUUGUACAAUUUACUGACUUUAUAAAAAUGUUAUUGUGAAGGGAAGAAUAACAAAUGCUGUUGUUUAAGGAUAUUAUGUGUAAUGUAAUAUUUUGGCAUGUCAUUUUUAACUUCAGAUUUAUCGUUGUACAGUAUUUAUUGCUUUUGAUUUUGUUACUCAUUGCUAUGAAGUGGAUAAUCAAAUAAUUCUAUGCACUAUAUGAAUCUGAGUUAUUUGUCUUAUAGGGGAUUUCUGGUCUGUGAAAAGCAAAGUGCCAUACCACACACCGUUCUACUUCAAUAAUGCUUCUAAAGUCAUCUUUCUUUGUAUUAAACACUCGGUGACCAGAUAUAAUAAAUGU